AUGAUUCAAUUUCAUCUCAAGUCAGGGUGUAUUCAACCUGUGUAUUCUGUCUCCAUGGCGCUUCACGUCCACACAUUCUUGUCCCUCUCGAGAACAAUGGAUGGCGCCCAAGAAAAUCGAGAUUAUGUAAGGAAGGGUAAGGGCCUAGACCUGGGACGUCCCGAUUAG